GACAGGCGGAAGUGAGGUAGACUGAAAUAGCAUAAUGUCUUCCUAUGCAGAAUAAAUACAGUGAUGCUUCCCUCCUGAUACUGACUGUACCGCCAAGCUUGAUAAACGACAACAUUGAAAGGCUGCCAUAAAACAAACGAGAUGAAUUCCUCAAGAAGAAGCGAAAGUGAUUGGCAGGGUUUGGUCAGCGAGGACUCGAGGCUCACCAAAGACAUUUUACAAAGACUGGCUUGUUAAAGAUCCGCGGGACAUCCAUAUGGCCCGAUGAAGAGCCUACAGCAAAUCAAUAAAAGUGCACGCCAUGGGCGAAGCAGCUAUGACGAGCCAUGCUGCUGCAACAUCACACAUGACGGCACUGCACAAGUUAAAAGCAGGUAGGUCCUACCCCUGGUAACAUGUAGAAAGGAAUACAACAACCAUAGUUAGUUACUAACGUUUGCUAGGUUGUUGUUAGCUAACGUUAUCUAGAUGUCAGUCAGUUCUCCCACAAUCACACCUGUCAAUAUAGUGCUAGCUAGCUAAUGUUAGCCAACUUGAGGCAAGCAAAGCUGGACAGUGAACAUUUUAAAAUAAUUGACGAUUUGCUGACAUUGACUGAAAGUUUACAUUUAGUUAAAGGACGUUAACUAGAGUCGUUAGUGACAACGUUUCAUGACUAAUGCUAGUUAACGUUAACCAGCUAGCUAGUCAUUCAUCAGACUUGGACACUUAUUUUCUUACAGUUCCCACUCUAUUGAACUAAGUGGAAAAGUCAUCGUCAUCUACAUCACCACCUAGACAAUCUUCUACAACUACUACCACAUUCACCACCUCCUCAAGACAGUCCGUCAUAACUUCCCAAAGAGGACACAUUGUGGUGUCUGAAUAUGAUGAAGUCUCACUACUCUUUCCACUCUAGUGAACGCACGGGUGUGCUGUUCUUAGUGAUGUUCCCAGACAGUGCAGUAGCCAAGACCUUCGCAUGCGGGGCAACAAAGACCAGCUAUGUGUGCACAGAUGGCUUGGCUCUUCAUUUCAGGCAUUUGUUGUCUAAAUAACUGUCUGCUGGGGGGGAGGACUAUGUUUUUCUCUUUGAUGAGAGCCUUAACAGAAAAACAGUCAAAGCAGUGUGACUCACGCCUGUUUAUGGGAUAAGGACAAAGUCGUGACAAGAAUUUAUGAUUCUAAAUCCAUGGGACAUGCGACUGCUUUGGACCUUAAAGCUGUCUAGGAGAAGAGCACCGAAGAUCUACCAAAGGAAAAACAUGCUUCAUAUCUCCAUGGGUGGACCAAAUUUCCUGGUGUGUAAGCGCAAGUUGGAGAGCAAGAAGGAGGCCCUCCUGAUUCUGUCCAAGGAGCUGGAUACCUGUCAACAGGAGAGAGACCAAUACCAGCUGAUGGCCAACCAGCUCCGAGAACGCCACCAGGGACUCAAGAAGAAGUACAGGGACCUCAUAGAUGGAGACUCCAGUCUACCACCUGAAAAAAGAAAUCAAUUGAAUUUGGCCCAGCUGUUGAGAGACUCCAGAGAAAGGAGUAAGCAGCUGUCUGAAGAGGUGAAGGAGCUGAGUCAACGACUGGCUGAGGCCCAGGGGGAUAACAAGCUCCUGCGGAUGACCAUAGCCAGACAGAGGUUGGGGGAUGAAGAGGUGGGGGCAAGGCACUUCCAGGCCUACGAGCGGGAGGACCUGGUCCAGCAGUUGGAGACGGCACGAGAGCAGAAUGAGGAGCUGGAGCACAGUGUGAAAUCUCUGACGGACGAGCUGCAGGAUGUGAGGGCAGAGCGUAACGUGUUCCAGGAAAAGGCCCAGCGGCUGAACCACGAGGUGAACCACAUCUUGGGGGGACACGAGUGUCGGAUUCUAGACGUAGAUGCUCUCUGCAUGGAGAACAGAUAUUUACACGAGAGGUUCAAACAACUGCAGGAGGAGGUCACCAUGCUCAAAAUGAAUGUCAUGAAGUACAAGAGUGCUCUGGAGAGCAGGAAGAACUCCAAGACUUAUGGCAAAGCUAACAGCAGUGCACUCACCGGGGUGCUCUCUGCCAAACAAGUGCAGGAAUUAUUGCUUUCUGAGGACAACGGAUGCAGUCUCCCCGUCACUUCUCAGUCCAUCUCAGACCUCAAGUCCCUGGCCACAGCCCUACUGGAAACUAUCCAUGAGAAGAACCUGGUCAUUCAGCACCAGCGCCAAACCAACAAGAUUCUGGGAAACCGAGUCGGGGAGCUUGAAAAGAAACUGAAGACUCUAGAGGUGUCGGGACUAUGGAGCCUCCCAGGCCUGACUUACAAUGUGUCUCUGGGAUUCUCUGGAAGAGGGAGAGAUGCCAUCAUCCUGAAUGAAACUCUGCAGCCUAUCUCCACUGUGACAAGCUCUGAGGAGAAGGAAGUACCCCCUACUGAGCACGAAGUACCCCCUACUGAGCACGAAGUACCCCCUACUGAGCACGAAGUACCCCCUACUGAGCACGAAGUACCCCCUACUGAGCACGAAGUACCCCCUACUGAGCACGAAGUACCUUCCACUGUGCAGGAAGUACCUUCCACUGUGCAGUCUACCACAGAGCAGAGGAUGACAAGAUAGCCAAUGACAGGCAGACCCCCCGUCCCGUCCCAAGACGUGGGGGGGUUACCCAGUGUGACGGGGGAUACAGAGAUAAGCACCAAGGAGCCAGAGCCACUAGUGUCACCAGUCAGCCUGGACACAUCCAAGCAAAACUAG